AUGCCGGUUUUUCAUAUGGAGUCACGAAAACUGGAACCACUGGAUGGGCACUUAAUUUUUUGCAGGUUUUUACUUUCCGAAGAAAAAAUGUUUACUAUUAAGCUGACCCAGGCGUUGAACAGCAUCAGUCCGAUGCAGUUUAUGACUUUAACGGAUUCCAAUUCAUUCGUCCCAGUCCAGAGUUCCGUCUCAACAUCGACUGCUUCAUCAUCGCAAAACGUCAUUUACACAGGUUCGGCGUCGUCCUCAAAGCCUACCACUGCCCACGGUUCUGCACCUGUUUUACAAAUUGCGGAUGAUGAAGAUAUGUCUAGCGAGACAACAUACAUGGUGGUGUCAGCGCCUGUGGCAAAGGAGGAGGAGCCUUUAUACGUGAACGCUCGACAGUAUCAUCGAAUCCUCAAAAGAAGAGCUGCACGGCAAAAGUUGGAAGCGGAAGGGCGGUUACCGAAGAAGAGACAAAAGUACCUCCAUGAAUCGCGUCACCAGCAUGCACUUGCUCGUGUUCGAGGUGAAGGCGGAAAGUUCGAUAAGGGAAGGCAUCUAGACAUGGAUCAUAGUCUGGACCAUAACGGGUCAGAUGGUAAUGAGAUUGUAUCUGAUAUGGAAGCUAAUCAGAAACGCACUAGGUUCCUCCCAGUACGCGAUAUGAAACCGCCCAGCGACGAAGUACAGCCUAUGGCAAGUUCGUACACAGCUGAAUGUGCUGAUGGAGAGGAAGUCUUUUGA